CAAGUAAGAAGCCUCGUUUUUCUGUGUAUUUUUGAUUUGCGUUUUAAUAUGUCAUAUACUGAACUAAAUAAGUGUUUUACCUGUUGUCUGACUACUACCAUGAAAUGUAAAAAUGCGGGGUUUCCUUUCUCUGAUUAGAAGAGCUGCUUGAAUAAAAGGGUUGUUUUGGUCCCAUAUAAGAUUUAGCAAGUUGGUUUAACCAUUUGUAUUAAAUUAAAAACUAAAAGCAAUGCUCCUGAAGAUAAUUGUGGUUCAUACUGCGUAUUUAGGGCAACUCGAAUGAUGAAAUAAUCUUUUAUUGUUGGCUAAUGUUGGAAUUAGCCUCUGUAAACUUGGCUCCCUUAGAGACAAGUUGCGGCAACAUAUGUUUAGGAUUUGUGCCUGGAGGGAGUGGAAUGUUCUAAAUUGUUGGCUUAACAGACACGUCGUUUGAUGCAGAUGCCGGACACUCGUGAUACUUUAAACAGCAAUACCGGCAGCAACAAUGUUUCGUCCUUGUGCAACGCUAAAAUGCACGGAAAUUUUAAGCUACUAGCUGAUCCUCAGUUGGUAAAAUGCGGAGCCAAACUCUAUCGAUACGAUGGCGUUGUGGCAGGAGACCCGACCUAUCCAACAAUAACGCCCAGGGAUCCUCGAAAUCCUCUUAUUCGUAUACGAGCCAGGGCAGUUGAGCCAUUAAUGCUUCUUAUACCUAGAUUUGUUAUUGAUUCGGACUAUGUCGGACAGCCCCCUGCUAUCGAAGUUACUCUGGUAAACCUAAAUGAUAACAUCGACAAGCAAUUUCUUUCUAAUAUGCUGGACAAAUGUGGAAAUUCCGAUGAAAUAAAUAUUUACCACCACCCGACCACAAACAAACAUAUGGGCAUCGCUCGUAUCGUCUUUGAAAGUACGAAGGGAGCAAGGCAGUUUGUUCAGAAAUACAACCAAAAAUCUGUAAUGGGAAAGAUAUUAAAUGUGUUUUGCGACCCUUUUGGUGCCAUAUUAAAAAAAACCCUUGAAAACCUGACAAAUCCGGCCGUGGCGAAACCAUUGAUAGGAACGCCCCAAUUGUCUUUGCAGCACAUUGCUUCCCAGGAUGCAGAAUUCAGUCACGGAUAUAUUGAAAAGGAUGCUCAGGAUCAUUCAAAUUGCGUUUACAGCACUUUUCAAAUCAAUCCUGAUAGUGGAGAACGCAGUAGGGAUAAAAACUGGGAUCGCGACGGGGAAAGGGAGAGAGAUCGCCACUUUAAAGACCGCCGUGGACAUUCAUCAGAGCGAUGUUAUGACCGUGAAAUCCGAGAAAAGUACUCAACUUCUGUGAGGCAUGAUCGUAAUUUCUAUCGUCGACGUUCUCGAGAUAUAAGCCCCGAAAUUCCUCAUGAUAGAUUGUUCAUUAGAAGAGAUAGAGUUAGAGACUCGGAUUCACGGGCACGCGAUUACAGUUGUUCUAGGGAGCGAGAUUCAUUUCGUGACUGUAAAAGAUCUCGCGACAAAGCGCGAGAGCAACCCAGAGAAAAAAGAGAACAUCGGUACAACUCAUCGAAAGAGCGAGAGUAUCGAGAAAGAGAACGCGACCGAUCUACAGAAAUCGAUAAAAGGGAUCGUGGCAGUCUUAAGUAUAAUAAGCGGUACUCCUUGCAUAAAUAUACCGAAUCUGAUGUUAGAAGCUCUUCAAAAGCAAAAAGUCAUGACUACUAUACUGGACUUUCAGGCUCUGGUUUACCUGACGAAAGCUACGGAUGUAAUAAUUACUCGUACUCUUUGAAUGAAAGUAUUCAGACAUGGUCGGAUCAUAGAAGUUGGACUGCGCCGCAGCCUGACUUCCAACCUCUUCCGCCUCCUCCGCCGCCUCCAGAAGAGCAAGAAAAUUGGGAUGACGAGGAAAUAAAAAUUAAUAAAAAUGUUGUAGCGCAAUCUUUGCAAUCCGUCAGCGCAAAACCUCAAUCGCCAAAAGGGAUAAAUAUGAAUUGUUUAACUACAAUGAAGACUGUGACAGAAUCCAGUAUAGAACAAGGGAACGUAGAUUUAGAUACUCGAAUAGCGCUAAUAUUUAAAGGAAAGACUUUUGGUAAUGCACCACCUUUUCUUCAAAUGGAUAGUAGCGAUUCGGAAACCGAUAAAGGCAAACCCGAUGUAUCUUUUGACAUUAUUUCUGAUUCAAUCAGUUUAGAGAACAAGAAAAAGUCAUGCGACAAAAAUAUAAAAGCUCUGCAACAAUCAAAUGGAGCAAGUGAUAUAUCAAGUGACGAAGAAAUAAUAGUCAAAAAAGAAAGGUCUAAACUCAGUCUUUUAAAUGAAAAAGAAAAAAAUGAUGACAAUAUGUCUUUAUCGAGCUUGUCUUCUCAUGAGGAUCCAAUUCAAAAUUUGUCAAACGUGGGAUAUGGAGAAAACAAAAAACCUAUUUUAUCAUCGUCUUACAUGUAUCCAAAUACAUCAGAUCAACAUCCUUAUUAUUACCAUGCAAAUGGAUAUGGACAUUAUCCGUCAGGUAUCCCGUCAAACUCUCCUUUAACUAGCCGAUAUUUUUCAAAUGCAGCCUACAUACAGCCCGGUUACUUGACUGGAGUCGGUUCAUUCAAUUUCGAUUCGUUUGCUGAGCCACAUGACUAUCAAAUGACUACUCUUUCAGAUCAGAAUGACGAGAUAAGGCAAAAAGUGAAAAAGGUUUUAAACUAUAUUGUCGAAGAGCUAAAGCAGAUUUUAAAGAAAGAUGUAAAUAAACGCAUGGUUGAAAUAACUGCAUUUAAAAACUUUGAGACCUGGUGGGAGGAUCAGACGUUAAAAGCUAGAUCGAAACCACUACCCGAAAUUGCAGAAUCAACCUUUAAUAUAACCUCAAAUUUCCCCAAAGAAACACCUAAUAGCGAAAAGCCUCCUGACAUAAAUCAGCUUAUUAAUACCCAACGGGAAAUUUCCGAUUUUCAAUCGUUCUCAAGUAUAGGGUUAAGGGCGGCAAUGCCCAAGCUACCAUCGUUUCGGCGUGUACGAAAACAUCCAAGUCCUACUCCAAACCGAAAUGAUUUUUUGGAAAGAGAUCUAAGUGACCAAGAGGAAAUGGUUCAACGGUCGGACUCUGAAAAAGAAGAUUCCAAUAUGGGAAGCUCUGGCACGGCACAUUCAAACUUAAAGGGCCAAGUUUUAAACCAAGAAUCUGAUACAAAAUCGCAGACAUCGGUAUUAAAUUUAAAAAGAAAGGGAAGUGCAUCAAGUUUUUUUUCUUCUUCGUCUUCGUCCUCAUCUAGUGAAGCUGAGUACGAUCGCAACGAAUGUAUUAAAAAGGAAAAAACCAGUGAGGAUGAUAGCCUUGAUGAAAAUAAUCGAAGGAAUCUGAGUCAACGGAAAAAAAUUAUUAGAAAUAGAAGCCGAGCAGGUUUAAAAGUUAAUGAAGAUAAUGACAUGAAAGAUAUAUACUCGGAAUCUAACGAGUACAAAAAAAAACACAUAAAACGAGGUCGCACAAAAAAAAAUAAUAUUUAUUCUGAUACCGAUGAAGAUAUUGAAAGUACUAAAUUAAAUACUUUGCUGCCUGCGUUACAAGAAAAAAAAAAUUCAUCUAUUCCUUCUGAUCUUGAAGAUAUAAGUAAAGAUAGUUGCUUCGGAUUGGAUGAAAACGAUAUUGACUCCUCAUUAAUAUCAGAGCUCCAAACUACGCUACAAAUUAAUAAAGAUUGUCGCCGGUCUCUUACACCUGUUCCGCCUCCGGACUACAAUGAAGAGCCUGUUCAAAAAAAUGAUGAUUUUAAACAAAAGUCCAUUUAUGAAUAUGAUAGAAUUUAUAGCGACUCUGAGGAGGAGAGAGAGUAUCAGGAGAAGAGAAGAAGAAACACCGAAUACAUGGCUCAAAUUGAAAGAGAAUUUUUAGAGGAACAAGAGAAAAAGAUCGAAAAGGAUGAAAUAGAUGAAAUCAGGCCAUCAUCUUAUUCGGUUGUAGAAAGGUCUCCAAAUCAUAAGAAUGAAGAAAAUAAAGAUAUAUCAAUCCUCCAUAAAACCCCAGGAUUUGCAAACUUAAAUCAAUUUGUGGAAAACUUUCAGCCUCUUAACCAAAUAAAAACGAAAAACAAAAUUACCAACGAAACGAGCGCUAUUAAGGGUUAUGAUAUAACUGCAAAUGGUAGUAACAAAAUGUGCACCAAUUCUAUGGACGAAAUAAAAGGAACGCAGUCACCAGUAUCUUCAGACGGUGGAUCCAGCCAAGCAUCGCAGGCUAGUCAAGUUGCUCUAGAGCAUUGUUAUUCAUUGCCGCCACACGCACAGUCAGUUUCGUUCGGCAAAAUUCCAUCUAAGAAGAUAUUUGAUAAUAAAACCAUUUUGGAACGCGACCCGGAAAACAUAUCUCCUGGUGUUGAUCAAAUGACAAAAUCAGGCCCAGGCAGACCUCGAAAGGAUACUAGUCGCACUCAGAGAAAAAAGAAAGAUUCAAUACCGCGGAUGUCAAAUGUGAAGACUAAAAUAGCACCAAUUACUAAUGCAUUAGCCGAAUUUGCCCGCAAAACGGAAACUUUCUUUCCGAUUGAGAUGUAUAAAGCUCGUGAUCAGAAUGAGGAAAUGGUUAUUUUAUACACUUUCCUAACGAAAGGAAUCGAUGCAGAAGAUAUUAACUUUAUAAAAAUGAGCUAUUCGGAUCAUUUGCAAAAGGAGCCAUACGCAAUGUUUUUAAAUAACACCCAUUGGGUAGAUCACUGUACAACUGACCGAGCGUUUUGGCCACCGCCUCCAAAGAAACGAAGAAAAGAUGAUGAACUGAUGCGCCAUAAGACUGGGUGUGCUCGAACUGAAGGCUUUUACAAAUUGGAUGUUCGAGAAAAGGCUAAACACAAGUACCAUCACGCUAAAGCCAAUACAGAAGAUUCCCAUAAUGAAGACCGUAGCGAUGAACCUACAGCACUUACCAAUCAUCACCAUAAUAAAUUAAUAUCCAAAAUGCAAGGUAUUUCCCGAGAAGCACGCUCAAACCAACGUCGGCUCUUGACAGCUUUUGGUUCUAUGGGUGAGUCUGAGCUUUUAAAAUUUAAUCAGCUCAAAUUUCGGAAGAAACAGCUUAAGUUUGCAAAAUCUGCGAUACAUGAUUGGGGAUUAUUUGCAAUGGAGCCUAUAGCUGCAGACGAAAUGGUAAUUGAAUACGUUGGUCAAAUGAUUCGGCCCGUGGUUGCUGAUCUAAGAGAAACAAAGUACGAAGCGAUUGGAAUCGGUAGUUCUUAUCUGUUUCGAAUUGACAUGGAAACUAUAAUUGACGCUACCAAAUGUGGAAAUUUAGCACGAUUUAUAAAUCACAGCUGCAAUCCAAACUGCUACGCAAAGGUCAUUACUAUUGAGUCUGAAAAAAAGAUAGUUAUAUAUUCAAAGCAACCGAUUGGUAUCAACGAGGAAAUAACGUAUGAUUAUAAGUUUCCAUUGGAAGAUGAAAAAAUACCUUGUUUAUGUGGAGCCCAAGGAUGCCGGGGUACACUUAACUAAAGCUAAAUUAUAUAUAAAAUUUGCAACUCUGAAUUAAAUAUUUGGAAUCUCGCGGUUUGAUUUUUGUUAUAUUCAGAGUCGGUGCUCAUGUAAAUACAAAUAUUGGCGAUAUUUUGCUUAGACAAUUUUACAGCAAAUUAUGGAAAAUGUAUAACUAAAAAACAAUUUGUAAAUUUAUUUAAAUAAGCUAGGUCAGUUUCAAACGUGAAAUAAGGACAUGCUUUCUAUUAGUUCAUAGGAUUAUAAUCGAUCUUAGAACAUUAGCCAUGUAAGACCAAUUUAUAUUAAAUAACUUUUACACUGUAAAUAGUUACAUUUAGGUCAAAAAUUCAAUAAAAUCCCAAACUCAUCAAAAA